GGAAGCUGACCAUCACGUGAGCGGAAGCCGGGCGCAGUCGGAACCGGAAGCUGAUCUUCUAGUGAGCGGAAACUGUCCGUCCCGUGAGCGGAAGCCGGAAGCGCAGUGCCAUGUUCAGCCCCGCGGCGGACAGUCUGCUCCGGCAGGCCCGGGAGCUGAGCGAUGACGAGCUGGAGAAGUUCUCCGCCCGGAGCCUCCUGCACUGCUGGGAGCCGGAGAGCCUGGACAGCCUGCGGCGGCUGCACCUCAUCCUGUCCGCCAGCAGGGGGCGCCGCCGGCUGGAGCCCGGCCUUGUGGGGCAGCUAGAGGAGACCGUGUGCAGCCCCCGGGCCCCAGCUCAGGUGCAGGCCCUAUGUGCGGCCAUCCUGUGCCUGCUGUGCCCCUGCCCCCGGGGCAGCCCAGCACUGGGGGCCCCCCUGUAUCCCCUGAGUCCGGCCUCGCACGUCCUGGCACUGGGGCCCCGCAUAUGCCGAGCGCUGGAGGCCCGGGUCCCCGAGGGCCAGAGAUCCCUCCUCCCCCUGCUGCUGCUCGCAGUCACCGCCUGCCCGGAGAGCCUGCAGGAGGACAACGUCAACACCAUCAACAGGAAAAUGGCCGACUGGCUGCGCUACGCCGUGCACCCCUCCCCUGCCCCGGCGGGGCUGUUCACCACCCCCCGCUUCAAGCAGCCUGGCCUGAUAUCUGAAGUGGACGGAGCGGUCGCCACCGACUUCUUCACCGUACUGAACGCCGGACAGAGCUACACGGAGGAGCAGUGGAUGAACGUCCAGGCCUUUUCCAUGCUGCGCUGUUGGCUGCUACAUUAUGGGACUGCUGGGGCGGAGGACAAGUCUGAGGUGGAGGGGUCGGUGGUCUCCAUGGUCUCCGCUUCCUCCACCUCCAGCCGCCUGCUGCCCCCGCGGGAGAGACUCCGGGAGAAGGGCUUUGAGUACUGUCUGAGGCUGAUUGAGCAGUGUAACCGGAAGCCCCUGAGAAAGGCGGACGUGGACCUGCAGGGAGCCUGCCUGGUGGAGGCGGUCACUCUGAUAGAUGUCCUGUGCAAGCAGGACACAUCCUUCCUCUACCGCACACUGCCCCUCAUGAAGAUCCUGCAUGGGAGACUGUGCUCGGACUCCUCGCUGGCCGUUGUCUUGUUGCCCGUUGCCCAGUUCUACCUGAAUCACAGCGAAGCUGCUGCCGUGGAGUCGGAGGCAGUGUACAGGCACCUUUUCACCAAAGUUCCAGCUGACUUGUUCCAUCAGCCCCUCUUCCCUUUCCAGUUCAUCCAGUUCUGCAGGACUAAUGGCAGCUUUCUGUCGGAGAAUGUGGAGGCUUUUAGAGGGAGCUUCCCCAAUAUCCUGAAGCUUCUGGCGUGGAACGCUCCAUCACUGAUAACAGAGUUUGUGGCUCUCCUUCCAACCCUAGUGAAAUCUGAUUCUGCCAUUGAGGUGCUUCACGCUCUGCUUGACUUGCCUUGUCUUACAGCCGCAAUGGAGGUCCAGCACAGCUUUGCUUUGUCAACAGAGAAAUCCACCAUGGACCCCUCAUUGCUUCCUUCAUGUUCCUCUGAAGCCUUUCGUCAUCCAUUUUAUAGGCCCAUGUUCCAAUAUCUGUUACGAAAUGAGGCUUGGGGUGGACCACCGCCCGAAGGAUUAAACUUGCUCCGCCAGAUACUCUCCGAUAAAAACGGCUCCCCUCGUGUUUUACAGUGUGCACAGAUCGUUCCGUGCCUACUUCAGCUCUAUGUCCGCAUUAUCACGAGGUUUGCAGAUGGCCCUUUGAUCAACCAAAUAGUAUUAACCUUUCUAGAGCGGAGCGGUCUCUUGUAUGACCUGCCGACAUUCCAAGCUGAUGUCCAGAGAGUUCUCAGUUCCCAGCUCCCCCUCUUGUGCCGUCUGCACCCCUCUGUUGUUCUAGAGCUCUCUCGUGAACUGCUAGACUUUAUAAGCACAGUGGGUAACAUCCAAAGCAAGGAACCGUUUUUUACCCACGUAGUGUGGGCCAUGGGAGAGUAUGUAUCGGUGUAUUAUGACAAGAGAUGCACCGUGGAGCAGGUGAACAGGUUCUUUGAGGUACUAGAAGCUUUACUUUUUGAAAUCACACAGCAUCGUGGCUCAUCCAGUGCGACCAACUCUUCACCACGUGUUAUCACCACUCUUAUGAUGACCCUUACUAAACUGGCAUCCCGCAGCCAGGAUCUCAUUCCCAGGGUUUCUCUAUACUUAUCCAAGAUGAGGUCUUGUGUACAGAGCUCAGCCAUGAUGUCUGCGUACGGGGAGGAAGACAGUGAACGGAUUCUCAUUAGAGCCACCGAACUUUUAAAUCUGCUGAAAGUGCCCAGUGUGGCCCAGUUUGUGCUGACGCCUUCUUCUGAUGUCUGGAAACCAAGUUUCCACAGCGAUCCGUGUUCCUCGCUGCCCCUCGCAAUCCGUACAGCCAGCUGCCUGCUGCAGAGGGACAGGAAGUUGCCAGAAUGACUGACUGUGAUGUCUGUGAGUUGCUUAUGACCCUGUCUCAUAUAGAAACACGACACUUUCCAAGCUUCCUAUUGUGGACUUGAUUAAUCCGCAGCCAUAGUUUCCGUCUGACGCUUACAUGUGCUCUCUACAAAUUGUAUUUUGUCUAAAUGAAAUCUUUUUCAAUACUGA